AUGCACUUCGCCAAGUCUUUGAUGCUGCUGGCAGCUAUUUCCAGCAGCGCCCUUGCUCGCCACGAAGGCCAUGGUCGUCGUCACUCUGGUCAUGGUCAACAUGAACAUGCCAUCCGUGACGUUGAGGAGGACAUCACCACUUACACCGUGACUACACUCAUCACUGUUACCACGUGCCCGUGCUCUUCGACCACCGCUGUCGCAUUGACUUCUACUACCCCCGUUGAGGUUAUCUCUACCCCAACCCCAACUCCUGAGGUUGAGUCUACCUCCGCCACUCCUACUCCUACUCCCGAGGAGACCUCUACUUCCAGCACUCCUACCCCCGCCCCCGAGCAGACCACCUCCUCUGCUGAGCCCACCUCCUCUGCUGAGCCCACCUCCUCUGCUGAGGCCACUACCACUGUUGCUGCUACCUCCACCACUGCCGUCGCUUCUGGUACUUCCACCGGCUACUGCGCCGACUGGACCUCAGUUCCCACCGACGGUGUCUACUCCACCGAUGGAUUCGGCGCUUCGACUAACGCUACCGGCUCCGGCGAUACCUACCAGGGUAACGUUGGUAGCCCUUACGGUAGUAACAUCAUCACCGUCGACGGUGAUGCGGCCAGCGGCUACAAGUACGUUGUCAUGUUCCAGGGUUCUAACAGCGCCGACUGGGAAGUCGUGAUCUGGAACAAGUACGCCGAGGACGGUACCGACUCUGGUUGGUUCGGCAAUGCCUGCCACACCUUCACUGUUGCCGCCGGUGAGACAAUCUACUACGCCUUCGACACUGACUCCCAGGGUGGUUGGGCCGCCGCCGAGACCUCCGUCCCUACCAACGACUACGGCGAGUAUGCCUCCACCUGGGGUGAGUUUGACUUCGGCUCCACCGUUAACGAUGGCUGGUCUGGUUUCGAUGUCUCUGCUAUCGUUGCCCAGGACUCCGACAUGUCCGUCCAGGGUAUGAAGAUCUGCUCUCACUACACCAGCGACACUUGCUCUUCCAUCACCGCUGGAGCUGGUACCGUCGACAACGCCUACACCUCUUCUGAGGCUUCCGAGGGUGGUAUCGGUGGUAACCUUGACGCUGGUGCUGUCCGUCUGUCCGUCGUCCUGGAUUACGCUUAA